AUGGCGGCGCCCAGGAAGACGCCGGAGCGGCGGCCUUUCGGGAGGCGCUUCCUCACCGACCCCGCCCGUCUCUUCCAGCACAACGCCUGGGAUAAUGUGGAAUGGUCAGAAGAGCAGGAAGCCAGUGCCAGGAGUAAAGUCCAAGAGAACAGCUCACAGCUAUUGCCACAAGACAAACAAGAGGAAUAUGAGGUGAAUGCUAAGAGGUACUGGGAUGACUUCUAUAAAAUCCAUGAAAAUGGUUUCUUCAAGGACAGGCAUUGGCUGUUCACUGAAUUCCCUGAGCUGGCACCCAACAGGAACCCAGGGCAAAACGGGGAUUCAGCACCUGGCUUUGGUAACAAAGAGGAAUCCGACAAAGGAGGGCUGGGAAGCUGUGAAAAUGGACUUUGUUCAUUGGAAACCAGGGCAGAGAAUCAGUUAAACCUGCUAAAGGGCACACCUGAGAUCUGCACAGAAGAAGGGACUGCACAGAAGGACACUGAGCUGAGUCAGAGUGGUGGAGAUUACCCAGGGUCGUCCGCAUCUUACCGCAUUCUGGAGGUUGGCUGUGGUGCUGGAAAUACAGUCUUCCCCAUUUUACAAACCAAUAAUGACCCAGGCCUUUUUGUUUAUUGCUGUGAUUUUUCUACAACAGCUGUGGAUCUGGUCCAGAACAAUGCAGAAUAUGACUCUGCUCGCUGCUUUGCCUUUGUCCAUGACCUGUGCAACGACCAAAGUCCUUUCCCCAUGCCAGAUGAGAGCCUUGAUGUUGUUAUUCUUAUCUUUGUCCUCUCAGCCAUUCUCCCAGAGAAGAUGCAGGGCAUUGUCACCAGGCUGAGUCGCCUGCUGAAGCCAGGAGGAGUGAUUCUGUUACGAGACUACGGCCGCUACGAUCUGGCCCAGCUUCGCUUCAAGAAAGGUCAGUGUCUGUCUGAUAACUUCUAUGUGAGAGGUGAUGGCACCAGAGUCUACUUCUUCACACAAGAUGAAUUAGAUGGCCUCUUCACCACAGCUGGGUUGGAGAAAAUCCAGAAUCUGGUGGAUCGGCGACUGCAGGUGAACCGCGGGAAGCAAAUGACCAUGCAUCGAGUCUGGAUCCAGUGCAAGUACUGCAGGCCUGCUGCCCCCCACCUGUGAGGGCACAGGGCCUGCUUCUCAGGCUGGAGCCUCUUCAUCACCAUCUUCAGUGAGUGUCUCCUCCUGGUGAGCUGUGGUUUGAUGGAGCUCAGCCCACACAGGACCUCAGUGCCUUUUACGCUGCCUAGCAUCACUUCAAGUGAGUUGUGCUAAGGGUGGACACUCUAAGAGGAGACCAAGCAGUGGUUUAGAUGUCUUGCUGCUGCUCUGAGGUUUUUAAAUCAUGUUUUUAACAGCUUAAGAAGUGGUCAUGCUGUCUUACAGCAGCUGAGCAAGUUGAGUACCACGUCACUCUUACUCUGCAUUUCCACAUGA